UUGAAUCUAGACGGGACUCGAGUUCGUGCCACGUUACGCUACGGUGCGUUAGCCUCAAAUGUGUUCCCUGUCAUUUCUCGGUAAAGUGCUGUCCCUCCAUGGAUUCACUCAAGUAUUUGAGCUGAAGUAGAAUAAUCGAAAGGAACAUAGUUGUCGGCAUCUGUAGUAGAUGUGCAGCGUCUAAAUCUCAGAAAGAGAGAUAGUGUUAUUUUAGUCUAAUACGGCGUAACUGCAUUAUGCAGAGUGGAGCCUUUUUUCUCGCUCGCAAAUAAAAUAAUGGGAGAGAAAUGAGAAGGAAAACAAAAGCGCAGCGAAUUCUUGACUACGAAAAUGAAGAGGAUGAGGAAGAGGAACAAAAAGCGGACUGCUUCAGCAACGGUGCACAGAAACGAAGAAAAAUGUUUUCCUCCAAAGAAAAAGCAGAAGAAAAUAGCUCAUCCGACGCCGGGCUUCAGAAGUUAACGUUAGACAUGAAGGUUAAUGAGCUGGAUUGUUCUUCCGCAGACCUCUAUGCUGACAGUCCUCCUACGUCCGAGUCUGAGGAGGCUCAUUAUUUACAGUCCUAUUCGAAGAAGGAGCUCAUUGCCAUGGUCUUAUGCAUGCAGAGGGAAAUGGAGGACUUGAAGGAACAACUUAGGUGCCUUACAGCAUGUGGAAAGCUAGCAAGAAACCUGGAAGUGCUGAUUGAGAAGACCCAGAUGUGGUCAAAUGGGAACAACGGGACCUCUCUCGGGACCCCGGUUUCUCAAGGCACGGCGCAGGCACCUGCCGAGGCGGAUGCUGUGAUACCAGAUGUACGUUCUCCUCCAACCAUUAUGAAUGGGCAAUGGUUGAAUCAGGGUCCAGGACCACAGAAACCUCAUGAGGCCACUCAGAAUGCUCAGAGGGAUGGGCUCUUCACAGAGGUAGUCUAUAAGCGUUUAAGACAUUAUAAGACAUUAUAGUCAGAGGU